AUGGCCGCCUCCCUCUACAUGCAGCACCCUUCCAUUCACCUAGGUUUAAAGCGGGCAAGACACCUGCCAGUUCGUCAGUGCGUCCUCUGGCCUGCUAAUCCGCCUGCUCGCACCAGGAUCAACCGGGUGCGCUGUUUCACCUUCAGGAAGAUGGUACGCAACAAGUGGGAGGCCUACCUGGGGCUGCUGCCGGUGGAGUACAGGGAGGGGGACGCCCUGGACGAGCUGGGGCUGAGGCGCUACUGCUGCCUCCGGUUGCUGCUGGCCCACGUGGACCUGAUAGAGAAGCUGCUCAACUACAUGCCGCUCGAGAAGUGA